AUGUUCUUCACUAUUUCAAGCCGAGCUUUCUUCAACAGGUUUAGCCAAAGAUUGUAUAAAGGUGAAGAUGAGAAACUUGCGAAACUCUGGUUCGAAUGGCCAGUGGGUAGUCCUGUUCAGAGCCAUGAAGUUUUAGAAAUUGUCCUUCUUAAUUACAAUAAAUACUUUUCAAAUAAAAUUGUGGGCUCUUAUGGUUUGGUAUUACAAAAACUUAUCGAAGAUGGACACCUACGAGUAUCAGAUUCACUCAUCGAUGUCAACAAUAUGCCGACAGAAAUUGUUCUGUUAUUCGAUGUCUCCUACAACGCACCGGAUGGCUCUGUGUGCGAAUGGAACACGGCUGCGAUGCAAGGUGAAAACUUCGAGGAUGAUAGACAAGCUUUGAUCGUCAUUGAACACAAUAUUGCUAAUCUAGAGCGAUCGAUUAACAACAGACAACAGCAACAGCAGCAAGUUGAUACAGAAGUUGAAUAUAUUCCGGGCAGAACAAGUGGGUCGGCACUAAGUCUCAUAUCACCGAGAUCUCCCGAGAGGAAGAGAUCGCUUCCGGCUACUAUGAGGAGUUUGGCGAGCAUGAUGAAAUUGGGAAAGCAAAGGCCGCCACCGGAAGAAGAUGAGAGGAAAUCACUCAAGGACUGCGACCAACUGGAAUAUGGAUCCACUAUGACUCUCAGUAGAGGAGGUGAUAAUAUCUUUCUGACAGGAUCUUCGGAUGAAGAAGAUAGAAUGAUGAGACCUUAUGAUGAAUGCAGUACAGAUACGGUAGCUCCUUACUCAAUCAACACACCCGUAGUUCUCAAGAGAUGGCGGAAAUCAGACCAAGAAUCGCCAGCAAAAUUAAAAGCUCAAGACUUUCAGGUUUGCGUAACAAUAAUUGAAGCGAGACAUUUGGCCGGGCUUAACAUGGAUCCUGUUGUUUGCGUUCAAGUUGGUGAACAGAAGAAAUAUACUAGUGUUAAAGAAUCAACGAAUUGCCCUUAUUACAAUGAGUAUUUUGUGUUUGAUUUCCAUAUGGCUCCAAUGAUGUUCUUUGAUAAGAUCAUUAGUCUUACGGUUCUGCACUCGAGAAACAUUAUACGCUCCGGAAAAGUGAUUGGCACAUUUAAGUUGGAUGUUGGCACUGUCUUUGCACAAAGUGAUCACCAGUUUUAUCAUAAAUGGGCUCUAUUGACUGACACAGAUGACAUUACAGCUGGGCCAAAAGGAUACUUAAAAUGUGACAUUUCUGUUGCUGGAAAAGGAGACAACAUUAAGCCCCCACCAAAAAGCGAAAAGGACGAAGAUGACAUUGAAGCAAAUUUGCUACUUCCUGAGGGUGUUCCUGCCGAACGCCAACAUGCACGCUUCAUCGUUAAAAUCUACAGGGCUGAUGGACUACCGCGGAUGAACGCUGGAAUUGUAGCUAAUGUUAAAAAGGCUUUCACAGGAGAAAUGAGAGAUUUUGUUGAUCCAUACGUUCAAGUUUCUUUUGCUGGCUUAACGGGAAAGACAUCAGUGAGGAAAGGCACAUGCUGUCCUGCGUGGAAUGAGCAAAUAGUAUUCACAGAAAUGUUUCCUCCGUUGUGCCAACGAAUCAAGAUCCAGCUGCGGGACAACGAUCCAGUCAACGACGCCGUCAUCGGCACACACUUCGUAGAACUCUCCAAAAUAUCCAACGAAGGAGAAAAAGGUUUUCUUCCUACUUUUGGCCCAUCAUAUGUGUAUUUAUACGGAUCCCCCCGAGAUUAUUCUUUAUUUGACGAGCACACAACACUUAACGACGGCUUGGGAGAAGGAGUUAUGUACCGGGGCAGGAUCCUGAUGGCUGUAAAAACAGAAAUUCUAGAUUCUUUAGAUAUUUCACCCUCCAACGUUGAAAUUGAAAUGGCGAACCCCAUAUCAGAGGGGUCUUACGGGCGAAAUGACGAGUUUUUUCUGUUUGGCUGUCUGCUCGAAGCAACUAUGAUUGACCGAAAAAUCGGAGAAAAACCGAUAUAUUUCGAAGUCACUUUAGGAAAUGCUGGCAAUAUGUUGGAUUCCAGCCGAAUGAUACGUGGCGAUGAGGAGGAGUUGGACUCUGGAUCUGAUUCAGGUGAUGGCUCUUCCUACGGCGAAGCUUCUUGUCCGAUACAAUCAACAACACCACCCCUAAAACCAAUAUCCAAAGACAGGCAGUAUUAUUACAUUUCUUAUGGAGAUAACAAACCAUGCGUGUGGGUUAGAAGCAUAUGGCAAGAUCAUCGACGAAGAAUGUACAGUUCUAAUGUGUUGUCAAAAAUAGGAGAUAAAUUGGAGGAGGGAUUGUCUGAUGUACAAGAAAUGAUCCGCUUGGAGAAGCCACAUGCCGAUAAGAGAUUACGGGGAGUUCUGGAGGAGUUGGGGACGGGUUGUAAUCGUUUUCUGACGAUUCUAAAAGGAGCUGGUGGUAGUGCAUCGACUAAAACAAAGCUGGACAAAGAAAGAACCAAGCUUUGUCAAAGAGAGCUGGAUCACAUCGCAACCAUCUCCAGGACAAUGAAACCCCUCGUCACAAAGAAUACCAUCAAAGAGAAACUAAGAACUGCCCAGGGGUUUCUGAAGAAGCUAAGGAACCUGACGGAUGAUCCGCAGCACGUAUUGCCCGAUGUGUUCGUAUGGAUGAUAAGCGGUGGUAAAAGAGUUGCCUACCAAAGACUUUGCGCCAGGGAACUCAUGUAUUCUAUUGUGGAAGAAGAGAGCGGGAAACACUGUGGCAGAGUGCAGACAUUGUUUCUAAAACUUCCUGGCAAAAAAGGUUCUGGCCCAGCUGGAUGGGCCAUCCAGGCCAAAGUACAAAUGUACUUGUGGCUUGGUCUUACGAAACACAAGAAACAUUUUUUGAAAGGGCUUCCAAAAGGAUACGACUCUUCGAUAGAAAUAAGAAAUGCAGAAAAGCUCCAGUCUGCUCCACCUUCCAUCAUUCGAUAUGCAGAAAAACAAAUCUUUGAGCUUCGAUGUCACAUGUAUCAAGCAAGAUCUUUGAUUGGUUCAGAUGCUUCUGGUCUCUCUGAUCCAUUUGCUCGAGUCCUCUUCUCGGAUCAAAGUCAAACGACUCAGGUGAUCGACGAGACGUUGAGCCCAACUUGGGACGAGAUGUUGCUCUUCAACGAUGUCGUUGUCUACGGUAACAAGGAAGAUAUCAAAGAAGAUCCCCCUGUGAUUGUCGUAGAAAUCUUCGAUCAAGAUAAAGUGGGAAAAUCAGAAUUCAUCGGUCGGACUAUUGCAAGACCUCAUGUUAAAUUCAACGAUGAGCCAUAUUGCAAACCUAAUUUUCCUCCUACCCUCGAAUGGUAUGAUAUCUUCAGAGGAUCGGAACAAGCUGGGGAACUCUUAGCUACAUUUGAACUGCUGCAGCUAUCAGAAUCAGAUGAAAAAGGAGUGAUUCCUGAACUUCCUAGACCUAAAGAAAAUGUAUGGCGUUCAGAUCGAGGGCCUAUUUUGCCUGUUCCUUUAUCUAUCAGACCUACUUUAUCAAAAUACAGAAUUGAAGUUUUGUUCUGGGGUCUUCGAGAGCUAAAGAGGGUCCACUUGAUGACUGUUGAUCGUCCAAGAGUGGAUAUUGAAUGUGCUGGUCAUAUUCUGCAGUCUUCCAUUAUUCUCAACUACAAGAAAAAUCCAAACUUUUCUACACCUGUCAAAUACUUUGAUGUGGAAUUACCAGAUCAAGAAAUGUAUUGUCCACCAUUGACCAUUCGAGUAAUGGACUGUCGAAGUUUUGGACGUUUCACGUUGGUGGGAACGCACGUCAUCAAUUCUCUGCAGAAAUACGUUUUCAGACCACUCUCAAAGAAAGAAGCAAACCUAUCACUUGUAUUAACACCUGGUUACAAUCAGAUGUUAAUGGUACAAACUGAUGAAGUCAUCAUUGAUAUAGAUGGAACGAGCCCCUUAAGCCCAAAAGAGACUCUAAUUAUUUUAGAUUUUGGUGGCAAUCAAAAGAAAGAUCAAAAGGUAGAAGCUAAUAAAAAGAAGAAAAGACAAACCGAAGAUGAAAGCUAUGAUGACGAUGAAGAAAAUAAGGAUUGGUGGACGAGAUAUUUUGCUUCCCAUGAAGCUAUGAUCAAAGAGAAAAAUCAAGUGACCACAGACAGUGUGAACAGCCUAACUGGAGAUGCAGGUUCUGAUGUAGACGGGGAAGAAUUGAGUCAGAAAGAUGUUCGAAAAGUUGAGAAAGAAAUACAGAGGCUUGAAAAUCAACACCAACCACCUCAACCGCUAAUGAAGAGAACACUCAAAGGCACUUCGACGGCCGUUCGUUUAGCCCAAAGAUUAUCACCCAAAUCUCAUCGCAAGCUUAUGACAGAGGAAUCCCUCAUAAAAAUCUACUCCUGCGAACUCGAGAACGUAAUUGAUUUCGGGGGAUUUCGAGAAUGGCUUUACUCUUUCGAUUUAUUCCGAGGAAAAAGAACAGGAGAUGAGAUGGAAGAUCAAAACAGAAUCGUAGGAGUUUUCAAAGGUUCAUUGAAAGUUUAUAAGACACCGUUGCCAAAAGAAAUUCAGGAUCCUUACUUACACGUCACAGAUUCUCAAGGAGGACUUUUCCAAGGUUUGCCCAGCAACGAACCCAUACAUGUACUUGUUCGAGUGUACGUCGUUAAGGCUACAGACCUUCACCCAGCCGAUCUGAAUGGUAAAGCUGAUCCAUACAUAGUCAUCAAUCUAGGCAGUAAAAAGACAAAUGACAAAGAAAAUUAUAUUUCAAAGCAACUCAAUCCGGUUUUUGGAAAAUGUUUUGAAUUUGAAGCAACUUUUCCUCAAGAUUCAUUGCUCAAUGUUCAGAUCUACGACUGGGAUCUUUUAGGAUCGGAUGAUUUGAUUGGUGAAACCAAAAUAGAUCUGGAGAACAGAUUUUAUAGUCGACACCGGCCAACUUGUGGCUUAGCUCAAAAAUAUGAAACGUCUGGUCCAAACCAAUGGAGAGAUCCAUUAAAACCAACACAGAUUCUUGCAAAACUUUGCAAAGAUUUGAAACUAGAUGGACCUUACAUGAUGCCCAAUAGAAUAAGAAUAGGAAACAAAGCAUUCACUUUUCAAACUGAUGGGGACACAGAUGCGGACAAACUACAUGAAGAACACAUGGCGUUAGCAGUUCUGCACCGGUGGCAUGAGAUUCCGAAAGCCGAGUACAAAUUAGUACCUGAACAUGUCGAAACUAGGCCUCUUUACCAUCCAGAUAAACCCGGCAUCGAACAAGGCAAACUCGAAAUGUGGGUGGAUAUGUUUGCAAUGGAUAUGCCUUUGCCUAAACCGCCAACUGAUAUAUCUCCACGAAAACCAAACAGCUACGAGUUGCGAGUAAUCAUCUGGAACACAGACGAUGUUGUUUUAGAAGAUGAUGCCUUCUUUACAGGCGAAAAGAUGUCAGACAUUUAUGUAAAAGGAUGGCUCAAAGGUCCGGAAGACACUCAGUGCACGGAUAUUCAUUAUCGCUCACUGACCGGGGAAGGAAAUUUCAAUUGGCGUUUCGUUUAUCCGUUUGACUACUUGCCGGCUGAAGAAAAAAUCGUCAUAUCCAGAAAAGAAUCCCUUUUCUCCUGGGACGAAACAGAAUGUAAGAUUCCAGCUAGGCUGGAACUUCAAGUGUGGGAUGCGGAUCACUUUUCCGCAGAUGAUUUCUUAGGAGCUAUAACGCUAGACCUCAAUCGUUUUCCUCGCGGUGCCAAGUCCUCUAAACUGUGUACACUGGAUAUGCUCAAAACAGAUGGCAGUGUACCUCAAGUGUCCCUCUUCAAGCAGAGAAGGAUAAAAGGAUGGUGGCCAUUCUUUAUCAAGAAAGACAAUGACGAGAUGGAACUUACGGGUAAAGUUGAAGCUGAGCUUCACCUUCUAUCCAAAGAAGAAGCCGAGAAAAAUCCUGCAGGAUUAGGUCGAAAUGAGCCGGACCCAUUAGACAAGCCACAUCGACCUGAUUCGACAUUUAUUUGGUUCCUAAAUCCUCUAAAGUCUAUCCGUUACAUCAUCUGGCACAAUUACAAAUGGGUCAUCCUAAAGUCUAUACUUUUUGCAGCCCUAGUCCUCAUCAUUCUACUAUUUGUGUAUUCCUUCCCUGGCUACACCAUGAAAAGGAUUCUGGGUGCUUGAUUGGCCCACUACACACUUUUAAAACAUAUUCCAGAUAGUGUACAGACAUAUAAUAAAUACUGUAUGAGCUUUUGUCAAGAGGCUGGACGAGAGAAUUAGCCUCGAUUCAACAAUAGCUUGUUUUCAUCAUGUCAGGUUUAUCUUUACUUCAAUGGCAGUUUUAAAGAUAAAUCUGAUAUACUCCAACAAAAAAUCAACAUUCGUUUAAAUUUAUGAUUUGUUCAAUCUAAGAAAACAAUUUGAUUGCCAAAUCUAACGCCAAAGGAGUAACGUAUUCUGAAUGUGUGAUAAUAAAAGUUCCAGAUAAGAGAAGGGUAUUCUUUCAUUGGAUUUGCUCAAAUUCCCAUACCAAAGAAUUAUAUGAAACUUAUUUGAUGUAUGUUGCUAUACCAAAGAGUUAUUACAAAUCUUAUUUGAACUCAUUGAAAUAUAUUGCUGUACGAGAGUUUCAUACAUAUAUAUACCCAUUUUAUUUAAGCUUAUUGACAUGCAUUGCCAUAUCAUAAUAUGCAGAUCUAAUUUAAGGUCUUUCAAAUUUAUGUCUUAUUUAUGAGUUCUGAGAGUUAAUCAUCAUUUAAUAAUUGUUUUAGUUUUACAAAUGUGUGCUUCUUAGAAUUACUCUAUUGUGGAUUGCAACUUCUUUGCAAUAAUAUGUAGUAUUUUCUGCAAUAGUUUUUUAUUGAAUUAAUAUCAAUGUGAACUGCGAUCAGCCCAUUUCUUUCCUACAGAAGCUGCGAGUUGAGCAUUACUUUAACAGUUAAAUUUUGGAUAGCGAUAAAUAAUUCUUUUUAAUUGUUUAUUAUGCUCUGCUGCUGCUUCUGUUUGAAAUAAAAGAAAUGAAAAUACCCCCUCAAAGUAUACAACCCCUUGAACCACUACUGCAUAGGGGUCCAAUGUAGUUAGAAUAAUUAAAGUUUUCUAUUUAGAACCGUUUCGUGCUCCAAAUUCUAAAAUUCAUCUCAUUCAAUCGCAAUAAUACGCAUCAAGUUACUUCUUUCCUUUUCUUGAACUUUAUAUAUAUUUAUUUUGGUUCAAAAAAUAAAACUCGAAAAAAAUCCUUUUUAUAAACUAAAAAAUUGGAAUACUAACUCUUAAUUGUGGAAUAGAAUGUACAAAACAUGUUAAGUAGUGAUUCUCAAACAUCUGACUUUCUUGGAGCCAGAAGAAAAAAAAUCGAAAUUUUUCACAUUUUCACUAGUCAUUUGUUCUGAAGAUUUUCUAAGUGUUCAAACAUUAAAGAAUAAAUGAAACUAUUAAAACUUUUAAUAGUAGUUAAAUAGUACAAUAACCUCGCGAUAACCACGCGAUUUGCAUAAAUCAAGAUUUUCUCAUUACAAAUUUGUAUUCCCUUUGACACGACUUCUUAAGACCUCGUCAGAGAUUCCGAAUAGCUGAAUGGAUUAUAAACACAUUUUUUUUGUCAAUUAGAAUUCGAUCUCAUAUUUUCGACAGACAAUUUUUUGAAGUGAAUUUAAAAUUUUUAAUUUUGCCCACCUUCAGCGAGGCAAUAAGUCACAUGCAAUAAACUGAAGUUGAUAAUUACAAGAAGAAAAACCUAUCUUAAUGCAGCUUAGUGAGUAAAAAUUUCAGAAAUGAAAUGAUCAUACAAAUACAAUACAUUACAGUUAAUUGUAAUGAUAUAACCUAAUUUAACUUGAAAUUAAUUUGGAUGAAUUUGGAGCAACGAACAUCCCAUAAUUCAAGAGCUAUAUAAAUAUAUCUAUAUAUGUUUUAAUUCUGAGUAAAAUGUUUUUUCUCAUACAUUGUUGAAUGUUGCAUAUAUUUUCAAAUAAUAUAUUGUAUAAAAAUAUUUAUGUACAUCUAUUUAUGAAUAGUUAUACUAUCUAUUUGCAAUCACGUUUCUCUAUCUAUGCACAUACUUUCUUGUUCUUAAAGCAAUACAACUUGUACAGAAUGCUUAUAAGAAGAGAACUGGCAUUUGUCCGUGUUGGCGUCCGUCCGGACGUUUGCAAAAAUAUAUAUUUAUCAAAUAAUAUUUUUUAAAAUAAUAUAUAUUAAUGGAAAAUAUUAUAUUAUUUACAUAUCAAAAAUUGUUUUGUUACAAAUUAUAUAUGAAUGUUAUAUACGAAUGCUACUCAAUUUUCAAUUUAAGGGACGUCAUGUAUCAAAAAUAUAGUGUUUGCAGGACAAUUAACGAAAUAAUUGCAAUAAAACCAUGCUUUAUAUUCGAAA